GUUUUACACAAGCUCUCAAACCUUUCGUAAUUGUUUUGUGUUAUCGAUAUACCUAUGUAAAUGGAUUGAAGUAAUGAAUUUAGGCAAGGAAGUGGGGGAAAGCAGUGAUGGGUUUUCUGAAAAAAGCGAAAACCGGGAGGUGGUUUUUGCCGCUGAUGCACCUGCAGAUCAUUCAAAACGUAAACGUUAUUUAACUGCGAAGUACGAUAGAAGGACUCGUCAGAAAAUUAGCGAAAAAAUUCGUCUUGAAAACUUUGUUUUCGAACAUCUUCGUACUCUUUAUUGCACAGAGGUCGAUGACUACGAUUGUGAUAUCGAUUUGGAUGAAAUAAGUGAUCUUAAGACAAAUGAUGAGAAAGUGCAAACUUUGAAGGUGACUGAAUAUAUAUGUUUUGUUCUAAAUUGUUUUGCCUAGGAAAAGCUAAAGUCCUGUCCAGCUAAACAGGAGCAAGUCGAUGUAAGCACUUUUUUUAAUCAUUUUUUGUUUUGUCAAAAUUUUCACGUUAUUAUACUACUUUGCGUCAGCUCAGGGUUUUAAGUCAUUCAAGUUUAGGUUAUUUUGAAGCUGUUUGCAUCGUUUUAGUUGUCAUAGACGUUUUUUCUCAAUAUCUUGUACUAUGAUUCGCCAGUUGUUAGCCUUUUUGGUUAUUGUAAUGUCGAUUCUUUAAAAAUUCAAAUUCCGAAUAACAUUAGUAAUAAAUAAGCAAUAAAUUAAGGUAAAAUAAGUUACUGUUCAAUAUUUAGACAAGUCUACUCAUCUUAUUGGAGAGGGAUUAGGCUGAAGACAUUCUGGAAAUUUCCAUGUAAUGGCCAUUAUAAAGAUAGAUAUAGUUGAAUGUAUCCUAGGCGUAAACAAUAAUCAGAUCUAACAAAAGAGGAAGUAAGCUAAUCCAUAUGAACACUCUGUGACUAAGAAAGCCUUAUUAUUUUAGUUCUGCAUAUAAAAGACAUUGCUAUUUUCGUAAAAUUAGUUGCUGGAGACUGAGGAAAAUCUUUAUUUUUGUGACAUGAUUAUUAUAGUCAGUAAAAAAUUUGUAAUGCUGUUUAAUUAUUUUCUGACAGAUGAGAUUUCCUGUUUUACGCUCGUGAAUUAUCUUUAGCUUUGUGUGGUAGUAUGAGGGGCAGGAUUACUAUAUUAAUUCUGACUAAUCGAUAUGCGAUGUAGAAGUUGACCUAUAAAAAUGUGUUUUUCACGAGUAAUUCUACACGAUAAUGAACUUAGAAGUGUUAGGUUUCAUGAAUCUGUCUUCAUAUAGUCAGUAAAUAUUUUGAUGUUUACUGCUGAAACUAAAACUGCUUUUGAAUAGCAUUAAGUAACUUGAAGAUCUGCUGACCUAACUAGUAGAAACAAACAAAACAAGGUAACUCUCCCACUUAAUUCAGGUUAUCUGCUUUCUAAAAUGUAUAAAUGUUUCAGGUGACAUUUAGUUACUUUUUAAAGACAGAAAUAUUACUUAUGAAUAAUAGGUGAACAGCUGUAAGCUUAUGGCUAUGAUACAUCGUCUUAAACCACUUUACCACUAGUCCAAUACUGUAACAGACUAAAUUUUAUUAACUAGCAAGAAUCAUUAGUCUUCAAAUAAAAACUGGACCAAAAGCCAAAAAAAGCACAUUUAUUUAUUUUGUGGUUUACUCCAAAAAUAUUAAUCAAAUAACAAGGCGUCCCAAAAGUCGUGAUUUCAUGUAUAACUAAAGAUUGAGAAAUACAUAAAAGCUUCCAAGUAUAUAGUAGUAAAUUUUGGAUUGAGUUCAUAUAGCCAACUAAAAUUUAUACGGAGCUCUAGCAGUUCUCAAAGUCACAAGAAUCCGCUUUAACUGUACUUUACAGAAAUAUUGACGAUUAGCACAUGUUUAACAACUAUAGAUAUUACUUUUUAUUUGACUCAAGAUUUUAAGUAAUAGAUAUUUUAGUUCACAUGACUUCAACAGAAUUAUGUUCUUGACUGGAAAGUUGGAUAGAUUUCUAAGUAAAAAGACGUCAUUACAUAAUUAAUUACCUAGAUGAGAAAAAUGUCUAAUCCAUUAUUUGAUAGUGAAUUAAAUUUUGCUUAAACUUUCGUGACAUUUUCACUCAAAAACCUUGUGUGGUUUUUGAAGACAUGUUGAAUUAGCAUAUAAAACCAAAAUAAUUUGUAAAUCAGUUAAAAAAAUGGUGUGACCGUUAAAACUUUACAACAGACCUUCAUUUAAAAGGUUUUUGUAUUGUAUUUUAUCACUUGGUGCUUUCAGCCUGCUCGAUACAACAUUGCAGUAAAGAGUGCAAAACGAAUUCAGUAUGCUGAAAUAUCAACCUAAUAAUUACGUCUUAUGUGCUAAUAUUUUCUUCCGAAAUUUUACAGUAAGAACUUAAGUUCAUAUUUGAUUAAAAAGAGCUAGUUAUAGCACUGGUACGUCAGUGACUUUUUCUAAACUAUUUUACGCAUACAGAAUAUUAUUUUUAUAUCACAAUAUUUGGGAUAUUAUGGAUUGAGGCUGGCGAAACAACACAAAUAAUUGUCACACCAUAUGAACAAGUUGGUGGCUACUUAGAUUCAGUAGUUUAGUAAGUCACAUAAAAGGGUUUUAAGUAAUGGAUAUGAGAUAAGAUCUAAGUGUGAACAUCAACACUGAGACGCCGUUGCAACUAUUUGACGACCCUUCGAAUAAGGGUCCCAGCAGGCCCUGAACUUUAGUGCUGGCUACAAUCCAAAAUACACUAUAACAAAAUUCCGCGGUGAUAUUGGGUUAUUUGCCUAAGCUCAUUAUUCGACGAUAAAAACCUGAUCACAUUUCAGUCUUAAAUGUCAUCAAGAGAAAUUUAAAACUCCUACGAACAAUCAUAGUCUAAAUUUUGCAUUCAGUAUUAUAUAACAGAACUGGAAACGCCUUGCUUCCGCUAACUUCUGAAUCAAAGUGUAAAAUAAGCGUAUGAACGAGUUUGUGCUACAAAAGCCACACAAAAUGGUCACAGAUUUAUCAGUUUAUAAUAGUUUUAAUGCAUGCAUUCCACCAGAUACGUAUUUUUUUCAAGUUUUGUGGAACGUUUAAGUGCAGAAAUUAAUGUCUGUUUUAUUUAAAGUCUUAUGUUGACCUCAAAGUCUGUUAAGUAUUUGUGUUUGUUUCAUCUUAUGUUUGACCGUUUCUUCGUUUGUUAUGCAAUUAAAAUCUGGAUGGUGACCUUAGAUCACAAUUAAUAGUAAUAGCAAUAAUAAUAGUAUUAAUUAUAAUGACAAUAAUGAAAGGCUAAUCAUUUUGUUCGAAUUUCUUUAACUGGAAAUAUUUUAUGUUGGGCAUCGAGUGGUAAAGAUUGGUACGACCGACUAAUCUAGAUAUUAGGAAACGGGCAUAACAAUUUACAGGAAUAUUACAAGCUAGUGUAAUUUUUCUGAAAAUUCAUCAAAUUAAAAAAAGAUUCAAUAAGAGUUGGAAAUCGAAUAUACAGUAGACUUUUUGUAAAAAAGCGUAAUCAAAAUAAUCUCAGCGAUCAGAAUUUAAGUAGUUAUUUGGAAAGACCUAGAUCAGUCUAACUAACAAAACUCUGAAAUCGUUUAAAUUUCAAUGAACGGAAUUGCUUUCAGCAUAAUGUUUUAUACGGUAGUAAACGUUUCUAACAAUAUCAGCAUGUGAACUUUAUUUAGCUGUUGGAACAUGAUAGUGUGGUGUGUGCUACUUACAUCGACAUAAGUAUUUUAUGAUGUUAGUCAGGAACAAAAUGUCUGGCAGCAGAGAGACAAAACGAUCGAACAGUAAAGAAUGGGAACAGAAUGCAAUUUGUAUGAAACUGCAAGAACAAUGAAGUCUGAGUCUUUAUGAGACAACUGAUGGACAUUUUGCAAAUUACGUAUUUAAUUUACGAUUGUUAGAUUUUAUUAACAAGUUCUGUAAUUUCGUGUCAAAUACAUUCGAUUGUCCCCACCCGUGUUCUGUUCACUACAACAGGUCGUUUUUUAAUGUCAAAUUACUGAUAAAUAUAUCUAGCACCUUUUGGUAUUACCUUAUGGAAUUACAUGAUGUUUUUUAUAGAUUUUAUCCUUUAUUCAUACUCAGUUUACAAAUCAGGUGAACUUGCCAUUCUCGUUUUAGAACUAAAAUGAUAGAGACUAUAUUAAAAUUUAUCCAUAUAUGGAUUAUAUAAAUGUGUGUACGAUUAUAAGUUCAAAAUGACAAGGGCGGACACAUACGGGAAGAGAAUCAAAUAAGUAAAACCUACUGAUUUUCAAAUGUUUGUUUAAUGUUUUGAAAAACUCAAAAAUGUUGUUAGUGUAUUAUAUAUUUGUCAUCAUUAAUUCACUGUUUAUUGUUACAAGUCACUGUUAAUGUGUAAUACAAAGGAUUUUAAUCAAAAUAGAGGGAAUUUGUAUUGCUGUUAACAUGUGUCAUUUCAUUUAUUCUGUUCUCCCAUUAAAAACGUUUGCUACUUUUAAUCUUUAUGUGGCUUGAAACGGCCGUUGAACAUUUACUCUAAUGUAACCUAAAUAUAUUUCACUAUUCACCCGAAAAAUAUCAUGCUGGUUACGGGAUCUAAAGAUUCUUGGUUCAAUAUCUUAUUGGGUAAUAUUGUACUUUAUUGAGGAAUCUUCAAGUUAGAAUGUAACACUUGUUCAGUGCAACUUGGUUUCCGUGAUUCUCUCCAACAGAGCCAAUAGGUGAUAAAAAGAAUCGGUAGAAACCUAUUUUGUUGAAAUGUUUAUUUUAAUAAAAUUCUCAAAUUAUUUUCUUUGUAAAACGUAGAGCAUACAAGAACCAUUCAAAUAAUAUGUCCUACAACGAAUAUUUUUUAAAUUGUAAAUGGUAGACACAGCCUUCUAUAGUAAAAUAAUGAAUUUUAAAAACAACGAAUGUUUCUUAUUUAUUAUUCAAGUUAUAUCAAAUGACAACUAUCAAUAAAGGAUGUUUGGGUGUUCACGACAUCUGCAGUAGAUUCCGAUUAAAUUCAAAUAUGAUAUAACAAUUGAUUCGAUAUAAGCUAUGGUGAACUUCUUGUUUAUUUUAAAAAUAGAUGACAGGAAAAUUUAAAAUACAGCAAAAAUUAAGUAACGGAAGAUUUCAGCCAAUGACUACAGAUUUUUUGUAGGAUACAUUGAUUCCAAAGUAAAUCUAUCAUAGAAGUAAUUCCUAAGCAACAAUUUAAUUUUGAUAUCCUUUUCAUCAUUUAUUAUUCAUGAAGUUUCUGAGACAUUAAUCUGAUUUGCUGUAUUCUCAAGGUGUUUAGUGUCGAAAAAUAUGCUAAAUUCCAUUUUCUGUAAAUUUCUUUGUAUAUCAAGUAGAAUAUCUUAUUUUACCAUUUAAUCAAUGAUCACCUCUAAUAGUUCAUUAAUAAACAUGAAGCUGACUUAAUUAGGAUAUGUAUUCAAUCUAAAUUGACUUGGUAAUCAUGCUGGUUUAUAAAGUAAUACAAAUCAAAUAGCCUGAAUACUUCAAAUUGACGCUUUUCAUCACAUUAUUUUACAAUUAUAGUGACUUUUCCUUUAUAGCGCACACAUGAGUUUAUCCUAGUUCAUGGACAGACAAACGGCUUGGAUAUUACUUGUUAUUUUGUAAAUUUGAUUCUAUUAAUAGUUCAUUUGUAACCUGCAAGACUUCUCAUACAUAUGUUCUUCUGUGCAUCUAUCUUUCUUGCAUUUUUACAUGACUUAUAAAAGUGGAGUCAGCUUAAGAUACUUUAGAUUGGUGUACUAUCAAACUCCAGUGCUUUACUCACUAACUGCAUAACUUAUUGCUUGUCUGGUGUUUACUAUCCCGAAGCAUGAAAUAUACCUAUUUCAAAUGCUUCCAGAGUUUUCUCAUUUUUCAUUCGGUCGAAAAAAGUAUUUAUUAUCUUUAGUACAGUUUUAAGGGUUGAUUAUUUAACUGACCGUUAUUUCACGACUAUCUUUAUUCGUAUCUUGGUAUCAAAUCAUAUUUCUUUUUAAAGUUGAGAUAAAAAAUGCUUACAAUUUAUAAGUGUUAUUUAUUUGUGUAAAACAGAGCAUAAUGAACAAUCAGUCCAUUUAAACACAUAAAUCUGCAUAAAAGAUAUUUCGACAACAUAAUAUAAUAUCUGAAAUAUUUUUUAUUAAUACUGUAGCUUAGCUUUCUUGAGUUCAUGAGUUACCAACUCCAAAGUUUUAUCUAUUCACUCAUUUUUUGUCUUUUGCUUGCAUAUAAAUAUUUGAAAUUAAUGCAUUCAACACAUUUCGUAUUUGACACUUAUUACUAACAAUGUGAUUAGCCUAAGUAUUCGUGUACAACAUGAAAUGAGGGAUUAUAUUUCAUUUUCGUCGCCAUUGGUGGAAUCAACUAAAGGUUAUAAAAUAGUUGAGCUGAUUUUCAAACAUAACGAGGCUAGCCUCAUAUAAGUUCGCAAAAGAAAGAAGGCUUUAGAAUGUUUACAAAAAUCAGAUUUAAUGCUAAUUAAUAGAUAAAAAUAAAAAAUACGUGAGACUUUCGAUCAUUUGUUUUUAGGACAACUUAUAAGAAAACUGUCUGUUUAUAGAAAUAUGAAAACACAUAGAUGACUAAAAUAUUAUGCUAAGUAUUUAUGUUCUGGAAAAUUGUCAGAUAAUGUUAUAUUUGUAACUCCAUUGGCGGAUUUCUAAAAAAGUGUUUGCUUCUAGUGUUUGUUUGUUCAUUCAUAGAAGAAAAGCAUUUAACAUUUUAAUCAUUACAAUUUCUCACCUUAUUUGUGCUAGCCAUAAGUGUGCAUAAUGGAUUAUUUAUUCUUAAGAUUGAAUAGUGAGUAAAAUUUGGAUAAACUUAUCCAAGUGUUAAAUCUCAAGGAAAUUGACCGAGAGGAUUUAGCAUAUAAAAGUAAUUUUUAAAUUACUCAGCGUAGUCUUUGAAAUAAGUUUUAUUUUAGAUAUAGUUACAUAAAAAAGUGUCCCUUUAUUAGGUUUAUGAAUUUUACGCAGUAGAAUUACUACAAAUACGUCAAUCUAUAUUAAUCAGUCUUACAUGUCUAGUCGCUAAUGUCAUCUAAAUACUACCUAUAAUAUUCAUAUUGUGACCGAUAAGCUAAGAGAAUAAAUUUUUCGUAAUUCAUUUAAACUGUAGUUAUUAUAUACUUGGAAAAUCUUGAGAUCUUACGUUUCUGAGUUUUUCGCUUAUGAAACACCAUAAUGGACAAAAUUUAGAGUUUAAAAAAUUAAAUAUUCAAAUCCGUCAGAUAUUUAAUAACCUUUAAAUGUAUUUUGACAUAAAUCUGUCAAAUAUAUCUUGGAAUUUGUAGUCGUCAAACCAACUGAUAUGGUUGAGAGAAGUUUAUGGUUUCAUCAUUUUGACCCCCAGUUGGUUCACUGAGCUUUAAUGACGUUGAUACACCAUAUUACUCUAGACCCUCUAUCGUUUGCCUCUUAUAAACCCGAAAAUUCUAAGGUAUCGUGACAAAAAGAAUACCUUUACGUAACAAAACUGAAGCCCAGUGGUUUCAAUAUUGUCUGUUCCAGUCAACUUAUUCAUUAACAAAACUUGAGAAGAACUUCGAUCUUGUUUAAUUUGAUGGCUAUUUCAAAGUUAAAAGCCUGGAAGCACUGGAUGGGACUCCUCAGCACUUUGCACCAGUAGUUUUGAGGUUAGGCGUUCGCGCCCGAGACCUAAGGCACUGGGUUUGAAUCUCAUAUGCGGGUCAUGGACGCGCACUGCUGAGGAAUCCCACACUGUAAUAAGGCAUUAUUUCUAAAAAGUGAUUUCAUGUAUUUAAAAUUUUCCUACUUAGUCAUCUGAAAUGAAAACAUCUCUCUCAGUAUUUAUUGAACUACACAUUAGCUAAUUUUACAACAUCAUCAAAGGAAAGAUGUAGUCAUAAUCAACACAUAAUUAUUAUCUAAACUAUUAAUAAAAACAAAUCAUACAAAAAUUAUUGAUCAUCAUAUUAUAAACUAUUUAAUUUGUUUCGUAACCAUAGUAUUUCGUAUUUUUUUAAACUGGUGCCCAUAUUUAUGCAAGAAAAAGAAAAAAAAUGUUCUUUUCAUUAUGUCAAAAAAUAGUGAGAGGAUUACAGAAAAUAACUUAAUAAAAUAAUAUGACAUUUUUCAGUAAAAUAUAAAUUUCAGUUGGAUAGUAUGUAACUAGUACGUUUACUGUAUGUAAUGAGGUUAAAUUCGAUCACAUAGUAGAAUAAGUAAUAGAUUGAGCCAAAAUAAUCUGAGAGAAUUUCCAACGAGAAUUCUAAAUGAAAUAAAAUAUGGGAGAUGUGCAUUCUUAGUUUAAGAGAUUUGUAGGGGUUGUUGACUUUUAUGACGUAAAUUACGAACUGAUCAUUGUUAGAUAACUAGUGAAAACUAGGACGCCAUAGAAAACCUUUUGUACUUUUAUAUGACUACUCAGUAAUCCUCAUGUGCGACCCGAUUGAAGUCUCCAACGACUAGUUUCGAGCGGUAAUUUCAUGAGUUCUAAUGAGAAAGCGUGAUGGAAAGAGUUAACUAAUGUCGAGUGUAAGACACUUACUGAACAAUGGCAUUUGAAUUCGGUUGCAAAAAGUCGUGAACUGAUUCAAGUUAGAAAUGUAAACGGUUGAAUGUCUAUUCAGUAGCCUAAAGUCCAUGCGUUCAUCGCAAAACCUGAUGGUCACAUAUAGUUAGAAAAACCUUGUAAACUUAUUUGUUUAUUAAGAAUUCUUCAAUACGAAAUAAAAACGAAAUCACUUUGUUGAACAAAUUAAAAUGUUUUUUUCUAAUUAAUUUUCACUAAUCAAUGUUAUUUGGAUGCCUGUUCUUAUCUCUAAACCUUUAACAAAAUCUAAAAUUUCGAAAAGUUCAUAAGAUGAAGGACCUCUAUCCUGUUAUACAACAGUUGUGUAAAAAUAUCACCUGCUAGAAAUCAUGAGUGAAAUUACUUAAGUAAGAGCUCGAAGACGAUGGAUAAAGAUUUAUUUUAUCCUUAAAAUAAAUCUGAUUACACUAAAUUUUAAGCGAUUUAUUUAGGGUGAGGUUUGUAUAAAUUGAAUUGAGUCGUAUUUAAUAUCAGUCAAUCCAUAAUUUAUUAAAUUAUAAUAGAUAUACAAUACAAUAAACAGAACUAUCAAUGGUCAACAGAUAUAACUAAUAUAAUGACCCCCUAAAAUUUGGUUGUAUUUCAUAGACGACUGAAAAAUGAAAUUAAUAUUGUUUGUUACCCUCCCGAUUAUAACAAAUAGUGUUUGGUAAUCUUUCUAUCUCAAGUGUCUUUUUACUACGUACACUUUUAACUUCGCUUGAAAACAGUCAGUUUCAAAAGAAUAGACAACAGUUAUCCAAAUUUUAUAAUAAUAAGCUUACUUCUGUGAAUAACAGUUUGAAUUAAUGGAAAUUUGAAUUUAUUGAUUAUAAAGCAACCAGAAACAACAAUGAAUCUUCAACUUUAAUAGAUAUUCUUCUACAUAGUAAUACCCUUUAAUGAUAUAGGGAUAUUUAAAUUAUGUAGUAUAACCAGUUUUAUUUACUAAACAGAAAGUAUUCAGCUAAGACUGAAAACUGACUCAUUUAUUUAAAUUUUGAACUUCAUGAAUACCAUAUGACCAAUUUGUCUCUAGUUGCUAUAUUUAGUUAUCCAUAUUUUUAACAUGUAAUGUAGAUGCAAUUGUUUACUGUUUUGACUUUCUUUCACAAUGCAAAGAAUUUGAUUGGGUUUUAGUGGUUCGCAAAAAGAGGCUUUUUCAAUAUCACAACAUAUAUUCCAGUACCUUCUAACUGAGUUUCCUUGUCAUGUUUACUUAUGGUAUGAUUGGCAAAAAUGAGGUCAAAUAGUCGGAUCUUAGUCUUAUUGGUGUGCAAGUAAUAGUAUAGAAGACUGGGAUCCCCAAAUCGUUUAUGUUUUAAAAUGACUUAUAAUCAAGUUUUAUUUUUAUAUUCAGUAUCCUUUAUAUAAAAACGUUAAGUGAGCUAGAAUAAAAUCCAUUCUCAUUUUUAUGGUGACGUAACCAGUCGAUUAAUUUCUCAUUCAUCUUAUUACCAACUUUUAAUGUCUAUUGUAAAUUGUUCCUUGUCCUACGUUGUAGCUGACUGACUGAUUCUAGAUGGUGUUAAACCUAGUUACAUACCGUCAGUUAACUGACAACCAUUCGAUGAAUGUUAAUUUUAAAUUGUAAAACCUAUAUUACAGUAAUGUAAAGAAAUAAUAUGAAGAUAAGUGAAAGAAAAUUGGUUUAUUUCUCAAAUGUCUUCAUGAGAAUUUUGAAGACUUUAUAUCAUAUUUAUUGUCGAUAUUUACGGCUACAAAUGCUCAGUGUUUGUCCCCACAUGUGCAUUUUGAGCUGAUGCCUUAAAACACUCUUUCUGGACUUUACUGCAAAGCGCAAUUCAAGACUUCAUUGAAGAUAGUUAACAGAUAAAACUUAACACAUGUUCUUCAUAAAUACCAAAGCGUUUCAUUACGAGUCAUAUACUUAGCUUUAUAACGAACAUUUAAUUGCAUGGCAAUAAUUCAUUUUUACAUUUACCUUUUUCUGAUAUGCUUUUCUUUUUUUUUUAAAGGAAUUUAUACAAAACCUUUUACGA